AUGGAAUUUUUGGGAUCUAAAGAGAGACUUGGACUGUUACUUCUCAAGAGAUCGAUAGAAAGUUGGGAUUUGUUCAGAGCAAUCUUUCCUAUUGAAAAAGGAAACGGAAAUGUAUUAGAAGAAAUGGAAAACAAGAAGAAACCGAGGAUGAGAGUUGCAAAAUAUCCAUCAGAAACUGUAAUCAAGGCUUCAAAUCAAAGUCAUCAUAUAGAUUUAAAGGAUUCGAAGCUUGCAAUCUCGUUUAUAGGUGUUGAUGAUAUUCUUAGACCAUCAGUCUUUGGUUUAAUGAGUCCGUUUAUUAGUACUUCUUCAACAUCUCAAAUUUCUAGUUCAGAUAUGUCUGAAGGAUUCGAAUUUUCUACUGGCGGAACACCUUUUAGUGCUGUAAGCAGUGCAAAUAAUAGUGAAAAAGAUAUUGUUAUUCAAAAAGAAAGUUUAAAUGGUUUAGAAUUGGUUUCUUCAGCUGAAGAAAUGACAAAGAAGAGCCAAUUAUGUCCUUUGUAUUCUAUAACGAUUACUUCUGUAUUGCCAUGGUCCGUUCUACUUCUUCUUUUACUUGCUGCUCAAAUUAUCACUCUUCAAAGGAAUAUAUUGAUUUCUACUAAGACGAACAUGAUCUCUGAGAAUUAUAUGAACUUGAAUUCAAUGCUUUCUUCUAUAAAAAGCGCUUUGGAGCCGGAAAAUAUUUCUUAUUUCGAUUUUACGCUGACAAAAACAUUGUCAGACUACUCGAGAGGCUUAGAAAGGUUGUAUUCAGUAGCAUGCAACUUACAAGGCCCGCCAUUAAGUAGUUACGUCGCAUUUAUGAUUAAUGCAGUCUUAUUCUUUUGGUUGGUCAUGUACAGUAUUAUCCAAUACGAGAAGAGUAUUGUUAAAGGAAUCAGCUCGCUCUUCCAUUUCCCUUACGGAUAUUUAGACGAUUACUUUAAGCCACAUGAUAAUCCUCCAAAGGAAAAGUUGUCCGAAAAGAUCAUAGAAGUCAGCAUAUUCGAAGACAAUGGAUAUAUCAGUGACAUUUCCCACAAUUGCCAGCAAUUGAUCGGAUUAAAUCCUCUGGAAGUUAUCGGCAGAAAAUUCAAUGACUUGUUCCCGAGGAAUAUUUAA